CGCCCAUAUUCCGCCGCAUCCUCGCCACCACCAAAUCUAGACUCGGGCGAGCAGGUCAUCUACCAUAAGCUCACCGAGCGGUUCAAGCCCUCCGAGUUGCUUGUGCAGGAUGUUUCGGGUGGGUGCGGCUCAUUCUACGCUAUCACCAUCGCGAGUCAGGCGUUCAAGGGGUUGUCGAUCGUGAAGCAGCAUAGACUGGUGAACGAUGCCCUGAAAAAGGAGAUCGAAGGGAUACACGGACUGCAGGUG